UUGCGAAAAAUCUUUUGCCACAAAGAUGAAAUAGUGUUUCCUAUAUGUUCCUAUAGUCUGGUAGUUUUCUUAUCUGAAAAACCUCGCACAAAAGGGAAGUCCACAUAAAUACUAUGAUAAUAAAAUACUUUGAAUCAUACACAAUAGUUUUGAGAGAAGUUUGGCUGCAUCACAAUCAAAGCUUUAUUCGAUGAACAUAUAUUCAGAUAUCUGAAAAUGUCUAAAAAAAAGAACCUGUCAUCAUGCAAUAACUCUGAAUUAAUUAGCAUCAUUUGUGAACUCAAUGAAAUUAAAGCUAUGAGAGUAACGGUGAACAAAUGUUUGUCGUCGGGUCUCAUGGUUGGAGUAGCAGCAACCUUGGGAGGUUUGCUUUUGGGUCCUAGAGGCAUUGCACUAGGUGGUAUAGUAGCUGGUGUAACAGCAUCUGCUCUUAAUGAGGGAGAAUUUCGUUCAGUCCCUGAUAUUUUGAUGAAUGAUCUUUCCGAAGAGCAAACAAGAAGACUCGCUAACUCUAUACGAAGUUUAUUAUCACAAGAAAAUAUAAUGACAGUUGCAGCUUUAUCAAUGAGAAUGAUGUCUGAAGCUGGUUUUAGAGAAACUUUACGAUCAGUUAUUGAAAUGUUUUUAAAAGAAUUAAAUUUUUCUAUAUAAAAAGUGAAUUAUACAUAUCAAAUAUGCUGAACAAAUAAUAAUUAAUAUGAUGAAUAAGUUUUUAAAUUUAAUGCACAUUUUGUACGAAAAAUAUAAAAAUUAUUAUG